UCCUUUUCCAAGUGCUCCUCCUGCCUGCUCCGUACCCACACUAGGAACGAGCAUCGAUCGGUCAACGCCAAGUACAGAUUUCAUCUCGCCACUACCACAAUCUUCUCGACAAACAUGUUGUCCUAUUGGAAAUCGUUCUUGGACGUGAACCGCGAAGAAGUGGCGCCUCAAUCCGAUGCCUACCUUCGCAACUUCGAUGGCAUGCCUGCCCCAGCGGCCCUGCCUUUACCCGCCCCUGCUCCUGCUCCUGCAGCCCACGGCCAGACCGAAGCUGCCGCUGCCGCUGCUGCUGCUGCUUCAGUCCCCUUCGAGAUGCCGGCGGAGCUUGCGAUGCGCGCCGUCCAUUUCGCAAAUCAGCACAAUUGCACCCUGGAGGCCGUAGUCUAUUCCGCCUGGGCCAUCGUUCAAUCCCGCUACCUGAACGCCCCCGACGUGGUUUUCGGCGCCGACAUCAUUGCAAACACUAUUAGCGCCACCACCGCCGCCGCGCAACCCUUUGCUCCGCGUCCCGUCCGCAUCCAGUUGAUGGAAACACCCGCGGGCCGCGUCAGCACCCUCUUCCGCGCCCUUGACGACGCUAUGGCCGCCAGCAAGGCCUCCAGCGCGUCUCUAGAGGACAUCCGAGCCGCCGCCGGCAUCAGCGCCUCCGACGCUCUCUUCCGCGUCGCCGUAGGCUUUUGGACCUCCCGCGACGCCGUUGCCACUCACCUGGACAACGCUGGCCUUUCCAUCAUCGUUCGCUUCGGAAAACCCGCGGUCGCCGCCACACCCGCCGCCGCCGCUGCCCUGCCGGUUAUUCCCGCCGAAAUAAUUUAUUCUCCCGCUGUAUACGACGACGUUUCCAUGAAGGCGCUCGCUGGACACCUUUUGCAGGCUUUGACAGGAAUGCUUCCAACGGAUGGAAGCGACCCCGUUGUCGCCAACGUCAAUAUCCUCACCCGACAGGAGAGUCGCAUGAUUUUGCGCGACUUCAAUGACAAUGAACCAGAGGUCUUUGAAAACGAGCUGCUGCCGCGCGGCAGGUGGUGUGUGCAGAUCCCGUUCGAGAAGAAGGCCGAGCAGUUUUUCGACAAAGUCGCUGCGGAACACUAUGACACAGCUAUCACUUACGGAGAGCUCAAUGCCCACGCCAACCGCAUCGCCCACGCGCUUCGUCAGCUGGGUGUCGGCCCCGGUCAGUCGGUCGGAAUGCUGGUCGACAGGGGCGUCGAGCUGGUCGUUGCUUUUUGGGGUAUCGUCAAGUCGUCGGCGGCAUAUGUGCCCAUGGACUCGAGUUUCCCGGGCGAUCGGCUCCAAUACAUGAUGCGGGACGCCGAUUGCGUCGCUCUGGUGACGACGCUCGUCGACGACGCCAGGAUCGCCGCCGCCAUUCCCCCGGAGAUGAGAUCCAUCCCCAUCUUGAAAGUGCGUGACUUUACCCACGAGGGUAACAACCUCGCGCCGUCCGAGAACCCGAUCAUGCGAAACACAAGUGCGGAUCUGUUGUAUGUCGUGUACACGUCCGGAACGACCGGAAAACCGAAGGGUGUCGAGAUCCCACACCGGGUUAUGUACCACCUGGUCCUCCACACCGACGGCGGGUUCGGCAACGGUCCCGCCACGCGUCAGAUGCAAAUGAGUUCCAUCGGCUUCGACAACCUCGGUUGGGAGAUCCUGGCCACGCACUGUCGCGGCGGAACCCUCGUCGUGCGACCCGACGACCUGGGCGAGGACUGGGAAGAAGCCUUACAUCGCAUCAACACCCUCCUCAUCACCCCCUCGGCUUUGUCCGUCGUCGACCCGGAUCAGUACCCCAACAUCACCAAGAUUAUCACGUCGGGAGAGGCGUCCAACGCGGGGCUGGUAAGCCGGUGGGGGGAUCGCGUGCUGAUGUUGAACGGGUAUGGACCGGCAGAGACGCACGCUACGCAUAUGGGUGUCAAUCGCCCCGGUGAGCGCAUCACCGUCGGGCGCGUCAUUCCUGGAGACACCUGCUAUAUCUUGGAUGACCACUUGCGGCCUGUUCCACUGGGAGUUCCGGGUCUCGUCUGGAUCGGUGGCAUCGGCGUCGGCAACGGUUACCGCAACCUUCCGGACCUGACCAGCCAAAAGUUCCGCCUGGACCCUUUUGCAAAGGACGGGAGCCGCAUGUACAACACGGGCGAUGUCGGUCGGUUCACCCACGACGGCGAAUUGGAGGUCGUCGGACGGGCCGACCAUCAGAUCAAGCUCAACGGGUUCCGGGUCGAGUUGGGGGAGAUCGAGACAGUCCUGGGCGGUUUGCCCGGUGUCGUCAAUGUCGUUGUCUUGUAUGAGGCUAAGCAGCUGGUGGGAUUCGUGACCCCUGGUCAUUUGGAUGUGGAGGAACUUUGCGACGGGAUGAAGAAGCUGUUGCCAUACUACAUGGUGCCCACCAAAAUCAUGGCCUUGGAAGCUUUGCCCAUGACAGUGAACCGAAAAGCGGAUCGACGGAAGUUGUCUGAAUUGUUGGCGAGCCCAGGAGCGCCUGCGAUGAGCCACCGUCCCGAACCUACCACCAGCUCUCGCCCCGCAACAGUCCACACCACGCCCGCUCCCCAGCCUACAUCGCUCCCCACUGCCGUCAACGGUGCUCAAGCGGAAUCCACCAUCGCUUCCAUUUGGGCAGCGGUGCUGAAGGUCCCCGUCGAGUCGAUCACGCCUGACACGUCAUUCCUUGCUAUCGGCGGAGAUUCGAUCUCCGCGAUUCUGGUCUCCUCACGGUUGCGGAAAAUGCAUGGAAUCCGGUUGUCCCCCACCGUCGUUUUCAACAACCCUGUUUUGAAAAACCUGGCGGCCAAAACCAAUGCCCGCACGUCGACGUCAAAGUCCACGCCAACUCAGGGAACGGCGUCAGCAACCCCACUUGCACAGCCGGCGCUACAGGAGAGCGAUAUCGUUAGCGGACCUGUUGAGCUCACGCCGAUCCAGCAUUGGUUCUUGGAAUGGAAAGCGAUGAAUCCAAAUCACUACAAUCAAACGUUCCUUCUCAUCCCCAACCAACGCCUCAUCGUGUCGAAGGUCACGAAAACGAUGAACGCACUCGUCGCCCAUCACGACAUGCUCCGAGCACGCUUCACGCUAUCGCCAUCGGGCGGUCGCGCGGUUGAACAGCGCAUCUUGACCGCCGACGGACACCCAUCCGUCAUCACCGCGCAUCUCACCGCGUCCGACAAGACCGAAAUGCUGGACAAGCUGAAUGUUCUUCAGCGGUCGUUGGAUCUGAGCGCUGGGCCAACGGUCGCCGCGGGCCUGUUUGAAAUGGACGAUGGCACACAGCGACUUGCGAUCACCAUCCACCACCUGGUCAUGGAUCUCGUGUCAUGGCGAAUCUUGCUCGAAGACUUCCAGACCGUGUACACGGGCGUCGAAGCUUUACCUGCCAAGACCACGUCGUUCCAAACAUGGGCUCGUAAACAGGUCGAAUACAGUCGAUCGAACGAUCUGGUGUCGCUGUGGCGGAACACGAUCCCUGCCCAACCAUUGAUCCGGACGGACUUUCCUGGCAAAAGUUGUCCGGGCCAACUGUACCGGGCGAACACCAUGCGUCGACACACGGUCCAAUUGUCCACCGCGACGGUGGAACGAUUGUUCGCGCAUGCCCUCCCCUUCUACAAUUGCAGCACCUUGGAACUCCUGGUCGCAGCGCUUGCUCUGGCGUAUGGAGAGCAGUUCGGCCGCAACUCGUUCUCCGUCGAUCUCGAAGGCCACGGGCGCGAAGCGUGGGACGAGGAUUUGGAUGUUUCGCGAACUUUGGGAUGGUUCACCACCACGUUCCCAGUCAGCUUCCCAGCGAGCUCGCCCACCCACCAGGAGGGCUACAGCUCGUACGUGAAAGAGGUGGCGCGGACAAUCAGAGACCUUCCUCUCAAAGGCUUGCCCUACGGCGUCCUGCGAUACCUCUCCGACAAGCCAUCGUCGAAAGCCUUCGUGGCGUCACACCCGACGUCCGAGAUCAUCUACAACUAUUAUGGAACGUUCAAUCAGCUUGAAGAUAAGGAUGGGCUGUUCGAUCUGGCGCACGAGGAGUACCCCAACGGAGAGGACGAUUACGAUGAAACAGAGAUGCUCCGCUAUCGAUUCAGCAUCGAGACCAUCCAGCAUGCAGGAACCUUGGAGACUCGCUUCUUGUACAGCUCGGAAGACUUUACCGAGGCCACCGUCGAUGCUUUUGCUCAGAAGUGGGUGAAAUACGGGAACAUGCUGGUCGAUGCUGCUUCCAGCAACACAUGUGGCCAACCCUUCAGAACCAUCUCGGUGGCAGUACAACAGGUUCCGCUUUCGGUGGUGUCGACACCCGAGGUGAAGACCGAACCCCUGGCAUCUCCGACGCUGUCUAGGAGCGGAACUUUCGAUAGCGGUUACGAUGAUGAGACGGUCAUCGCUCCGUUCGACUUGUUGUGUAUGGCGCCAGGCGCACGACCAAAGAUCCUUGAGGAGUGCGCUGCGGCCUGCAGUGUCCGGGUGGAUGAGAUCAAGGAUGCAGUGCCGAGCACCCCAAUGCAAACUGCUCUGAUUGGUGCAAGUGUACUCGAACCUACUCACUACGCAUGGCAAAGCGCGCUCAAAAUCUCCGGGGAUGUUGACCCAGCCCGCCUCGAAAGGGCGUGGAGGGAUCUCAUCGAAGCCAACGACAUGCUUCGCAGCACCUUUUGCUACACAACGGAGACGGUCCGCGGGACCGAUCUCCUUCAGAUCGUGUUGCACACGGAUCGGUCGGAGUGCAAACGCAUCCGUUGCGAUGCACGCCAAGACUUUGACACGGUGGUCGAAGAAUACCUGGACUCGGACAUGGCACGGGGAUUUCGACCGGGCGAGCCUUUCGUCCGCGCAGCUCUCAUCGAGAAACCUGGGCAGCAGACGUCGCUGAUGGUGUCGAUGCAGCACGCUAUCAUGGAUCAGUGGUCGUUGGAGAUGAUAGUGGAGGAUCUUCGCCAGCGAUACAAUGGCCGCGCAAUCGAGCCUUACACUUCGUUUGCGCACUUUACGAGGUUCACGAUGGAUGCGGAUUGGUCGCUUUCGCAGGCCUUUUGGGAUGACUAUCUGGGGGGCAUGGAACGCACCAACUACCCAAGAUCAUCGGGAUCAGGUAAACUCGCCUCUCACAAUACCAGCGUGUCUGAAAACAAGGUGUCCCUCGAAUUGGGGGUCUUCACUUCCAAACAUGGCAUCCUCGCGUCAGCGUUGGUCUACGCAGCCUUUGGCUCGGCCGUCAGCGCACGGGUCGAAUCCAAGGACAUUGUCUUUGGAGCCGUGUUCUCUGGACGUACAGCGCCUCUGGACGGCAUCGAGCGCAUCUGCGGGCCGUGCCUCAACGUCUUACCGUUCAGGACCAAGAUCGUCGAUGGCACUACUAUUUUGGAUCACUUGCGGAUUUUGGGCAACAACAACUCGACCAUGAUGGAGUACGAAUCGACCCCGAAGUCCGUUGUCAGUUCAGCGGCAAAGAUGGACAAGUUGUUUGACUUCAUGAUUGCGUUACAGAAUGUCGGAAACCACUCGAAAGAUCACCAUGAUGGUCCUGGCAUCAACAUUGCGUUGGAGACCAUCGCUAUGCGAGAGGACCUUCCGUUUGGAGUCGAAGUGUCGCUCACCUCCAACAGCAUGGAGAUGACCUUCCGCUUCGAUGAAUCCAUCAUUUCUCAUUUUGAAAUCGACCUCCUCUCCCGGCACGUCGCUGAAGCGAUGGCUUACAUGAUCCAGCAUCCACACCGGACUGUAGAGACCAUUCCCGCGAUGAGCACCCACGAGCUCAAAAUUCUGCACUCUUUUGCCCAGGGUCGCCACCCGCCCACCCGUGGCGUCUUACUUCACGAACUGGUUCAACGACAAGCGUCCCUCCGCCCGGACAAGAUCGCGGCCGAGUUCUUCCGUGGAGACAAGCUCACGUACGGUCAAUUGAUGGCGCGGGCGAAUCGAUUGGCUCAUCAUUUACAUUCACUCGGCGUCCGUCCUGAAAUGGCCGUCGGCAUAUGCAUACCCCGCUCCCUCGACAUGCUGGUUGCCGCGCUGGCGAUCUUAAUUGCCGGAGGCGCAUAUUUGCCUCUCAGCGACAAGACGUCGUCGGUAGAACGCAAUCAGGCAGUCAUCGCAACUUCUCAAGCUAAAUGGGUGGUGACUACAAGGAACCUCGCAUCGCACUUUUCAGGAGCGACCGCCCAGAGCGCCGUUCCAUGUGUACUCAUCGACGCCCUGGAAGCUGAUCUGAUGGUGUACCCGUCAGCAAAGGGUCCUGCGGUCCGCAACCUGUCGGAUCGAAACUUGGCGUACAUUUUAUUUACUUCGGGGAGCACCGGGAAACCCAAAGGGGUGCUCCUGGAGCAUGUCAAUGUCGUCAAUUCUCUGCGGGCACAUGGAUUGUGGAAUAUUGGUCACAGGAGCCGUGUUCUCAACGUUUCGCCAAUCAAUUUUGACCUCUCUGUGGCCGACAUCUUCCUUCCUUUGACGUCCGGCGGAACGGUCGUCAUGGCAUCGGAGGACGACAUUAUGAGCGAUAUCUCCACUGUUUUGAACGAGGCCCGGAUCGAUCACGUUGAGAUGGUCCCUUCCAUGGCCGAGACCUUGAACCCCGACAACGUUCCCGAAUUGAAGCAGCUGGUCACCGCCGGAGAAAUGAUGUCGGAAGCUCUUAUAAAGCGUUGGGCUCACCGUGUGCGCCUGAUUGACGCUUAUGGACCGACCGAGGCGACCAUCCAUACACACAUGAGGGUCGUGGAAUCAGGAGACGAAAACGCCAACGUGGGUCUUCCCAUCGGCGAUGUUGCCACCUACCUCUUGCAUGGCGACCUCAGCAUGGUGCCCAUCGGCGUUCCCGGCGAAGUCUAUAUCGACGGAUUCCAAGUGUGCCGCAGUUACAUCAACGAAACAGCACGCGAGAAAAGUGCCUUCCUCCCAAACCCCUACAAGCAAGGCGGGCGUCUGUACCGAACUGGCGACAUGGCCAUAUACGAGCCGGACGGAACCCUCAAGAUCGUGGGACGCAGAGGCAAUGAGACGAAGAUCAACGGGUUGCGCAUCAACCUUGAAGCGAUCGAUACUGUCAUCAUGGAGGCUAACGUCUUCGAAGCGGCGGUCACCCAUGCCGUCAAGCACAACGGAUCACACGUUCUCGUGGCCUUUAUCGUGCGGAGGGAUGGCGCGUCCUCGCUUCGGGAUGUGAUCAAAACCCUUGAGACUGUUAUGCGCGCGAAGUUGGUGUCGUACAUGGUACCCCAACAUUGGGUUCCUCUUGAUGCCAUUCCCUUGGGCCCUAAUUUCAAGUUAGAUCGCCGCGCUCUGGAUGUAGUGUUUUCCAAGCUGGACUUAAAGGCCAACAAUGAGCUUACUCGCGAUGCAAUAAGCGCGAAGCUUCAGCCUGUGACACAAUUCGAGAAGGAUAUGCAAGCGAUGUGGAGCUCUCUUCUGGGUCUCAGUCCGUCUGAUAUCGGCAUCAAUGAUUCGUUGUUUGCCUUGGGCGGCGAUUCCCUUGCCCUCAUCAAACUUGUCAACAAUGCCCGAGCGAAAGGGUUUCCCAUCUCUGCGUCACAGGCCUUGGAAAAUCCAACGAUUGCCGGACUCGCAAAGCUUUUCCCUGAUGAAUCCCCUGCAUCACAUUCCGCUUCUCAGGCGAUCGUUGAGAAAGAACGGAUGAAAGUCACGGCUGCCCCUUUCGCCAUGUUGAGCUUCCCUCAUCUCAUUCGCGUCAGCUCCAAAGAUCUGCCCGAGUUAGGAAUCAACCUCGAGGCCAUCGAAGAUAUUUACCCGGCUAGCCCAAUGCAGCAGAGUCUGGUCGCUGCUUCUUUGAACAUGGAUAGCUCCUACCUCUGUCAAGCUGUAUACGAGUUCACCAGCAAACCAGACGUCAGCGCUUUCAAGCAGGCGUGGCGUCAGGUAAUUCUUGCCACUCCGAUCCUGAGGACGACGUUCGUUCUACCUGAAAUCACUGAAAACGACAUUCAGUGCUUGCAAGUCGUCAUGCGCGAUGACAUCGCCACCUGGCAGGAUCAUCAUAUCACAGACAUGGAGGAGCUGGAGGGCAUCCUGAGUGCCGAUCUGGCGAAGGGAGUCAUUCAAGGCUCAUCGUUCGUACGAUUCGCACUUGUGCACGGUCCAGCAGGGAGCUUGCGAUUCAUCUGGACGAUUCAUCAUGCUCUCUAUGACGGAUGGUCUAUGAAAAUGACAAUGGAGGACUUGCGCCUUGUCUCGACUGGCGGUGCAUUGACUCGCCGUCCGCCGUUCCGCGACUUCCUUCAGCAUCUUUCCACCCAGGAUCAGGCCGAAUCCCGCGCCUUCUGGAAUCGUGAACUUGAAGAUUUCCAGGGCAUGACCUUCCCGCGAUUACCUUCUCCGGGCUACAAGCCUCAGAGCACCGGAAAACUCACAGUUCCUAUCGAGGUGGACGUCGAACAGCAUGCAAGGCAACUUGGCGUGACGGUCUCGACUCUCUUCAGAGCCGCUUGGGCCCUGGUUCUCGGCGCCCACUCCAACACCUACGACGUGUCCUUUGCUUGCAUCAGCUCUGGCCGCAGUGCUCCGGUGGACGGCAUUGAGAAUAUGAACGGGCCAUGCGUCACCUGCGUUCCGGUCCGUAUCAAGCUGGACAAGGAGAUGGAUGUCAAGUCGUUGUUGCACGCCUUGCAGAAACAAUAUAUCGAAAUGAUGGCAUUUGAGAGUUGCAGCUUGACGGAGGUGCUCAAAUGCGCCCCUCAACUCUCAAGCAUGAGCUCUCUAUUCACUACCAUGCUCGUCAUUCAAGACGCGAGGAAUGAAGCGGAGGACACCGCCCCUUUCGGGUUGAAGCUCCUCAAAGCCGAGAUGGACAUGGACGUUGCAUUGUGCUUGGAAGUGAAGAAGUCUUCUCAGGGAUGGGAGGCCGAAGUCGACUUCGAUAUCGAAAUCAUCGCUGAAGGGGAAUUGAAGUGGAUCAUGGAUCACGUCCAUUACACGCUGAAAAAUCUGGUCAAGUCGACCAGUCUUCCUUUGCGAAAACUUGCCCUCAGUAGUCCGGAGGAAUUAGCGUUCCAGGUCAAUCAAUGGGGCCGCCGAAUUGUGGAAGUCGACACCAAUGUAUGCAUUCAUCAUCUCGUCGAGCAACAAGUCGAGAAAGCCCCGAACAAAAUUGCCGUCGAAUUCUUGAACGGCACGACACUUACCUACGCCGAACUGAAUCGGCGAAGUAACCUCGUUGCGAACUAUUUGAGGAGCAUCGGAGUGGGCCCCGAGCACGUUAUCCCCAUCUGUCUUCCCAAAUGUGUGGAGAUGGUGGUGGCCGUCCUGGGAGUUCUCAAAGCCGGCGGUGCUUACGUGCCCCUCGACACCGAAGUUCCUAGCGAUAGGAUCAAUUUCAUUAUCACGCAAACGAAGAGCACUACCGUCUUGACCUUGACGAAGCUAGUUCUUGAUCUGCAGUCCAAACUAACAGCUAAUGUCAUCGGAGUGGAUUCGCUGCUUACGAGUAAGAAUGUCAACGUCAAGAAUGUUAGGGUUCCAUCGCUUUCGCCAAAGAACCUUGCCUACAUCAUUUACACGAGUGGAUCGACGGGCGAGCCCAAAGGAGCGAUGAUAGAACACAGAGCGAUCGUCUCGGCCAGUGGUGGAUUUUCGGAACGCUACAACCAUAGCAGUCGGGACCGGCGCCUGAACUACGCUGCGUUUACCUUUGACGACAGCGUCAUGGACAUCUUUGCUACAUUAAGACAUGGUGGCACCAUUUGCAUGGCUCCCAAGGAAGAUUUGCAAACGGAUCUGGCCGGCGUCAUUGCGCAGAUGAACGUGACGUUCCUGGCCACCACACCAUCUGUCCUGGAGUUGCUUGACCCAGAUCGCAUUCCUAGCAUGCGGGCAAUGGAUAUUGGUGGAGAGCCAAUGAAAGCAGACCUUGUGAAGCGCUGGGGUGAUCGCAUACACCUGGGCAACGCUUGCGGCCCUACGGAAACAUGCUGCUUGACCCACUCUCACCGGCACUAUGCUGAUGAAACGAACAUUCACUUGAUCGGAUAUCCUUUCAGGGAGGUGAUUCAAUAUCUCCUUGACGAUGACCUGCAGCCCGUUCCCAUUGGAUGCGUCGGUGAGAUUUGCCUUGCGGGUCCACAACUGGGCCGUGGCUACCUUGGCCGUCCAGACCUUACAGCAAAGGCAUGGGUCGACCACCCGCAGUUCGGCCGCAUAUACCGCAGCGGUGACCUCGGUCGCUUCUGGCACGACGGUCAAUUGAUUAUCAUGGGACGCUCGGACGAUCAAGUGAAGCUCAAUGGCCUGCGUAUCGAAUUGGGCGAGAUCGAAAAUGUUCUCCUGCGCUGUGAGGAAGUAACACAUCUUGCUGCGGUGGUGAUGACCCUCGCAGGCGAAAAGGACAAGAGUCUUGUAUGCUUCUACGAUCUUCAUCAGUUCCGAGAGAAGCACCAGGAAUCCAAGUUCUUGGAACCUGACAGCAUUGUGCAAGGUGUGGAAUCCACUUUGCUUCAACUCGCCAGAGCUGCCCUACCUCACUAUAUGGUCCCGUCGGUCCUGGUGCCGAUGACACGCAUGCCAUUGAACAAGAACGGGAAGAUUGACAAAACGUCUCUCAAAAAAGUGUGCGUGCAGCGCACCAAGGCCGCAAAAACUCAGAUGGCGGAACCGACCACGGCCACCGAGGCUGCAAUCUUCUCUCUCGUAAAGAAUCUUGUCGGUAAUGGAAACUUUGGAAUCGACGAUCCGUGGCGGACCAUCGGCAUGAACUCGAUUUCCAUGAUCAGAUUGGUGGGACUGCUCCGAAGUACGUUCCACGCCAACGACCUGAAAGUCACCAUUUUGGAUUUCCAUGGGAACAUCCGGCAACUUGGGGCUUACAUCGACGAGCUGCAAGGCCUCAACAAAGCCACCCCACCCUUGUCGUGUGCCGCCUCCUUGGUUCAGAGGCAAUCUGUACUGAAACCCCAAGGAGGCGGUGUGUUCCCUGCGUCCUUCGCGCAGGAACGGAUGUGGCUUGCACAGGAAACCCGGAAAGACAGCACGUACCAUGUUCCUGAGCUGAUGCGCAUCCGGCGCGCGCUGGAUCCCGCAAAACUUAUAAAAGCAAUGUGCUUGGUUUGCGAACGACACGCCCUUUUCCGAACAACCUUCGAUUUCGAUGGUGAUAACCUCACACAGGUCGUUCAUUCUACGAUGACGUACGGCUUCGAGUCCAUCGACUUGACUUCCUCCCAUGAUCCCAUAUCAACGAUCCAGAAGCUUUGUGCAAAGGACAACGCUGAGUUGUUCGAUCUGAGCGACACACCUGCUGUUCGAUUCAAGGUUUUCCAAUUGGGCACGAAUGACUAUUGCGUCUACCUCAAUGUUCAUCAUAUUCUCUUUGACGAGUGGACUUGCGUACUUCUUCUCAACGAACUGUCUAGCACCUACGGAAAGAUCAUGCAGAAUGAUUCCAUCCAGAUCUCCCCGCCGUCGCUAGAGUACGUCGAUUUCACGGUGUGGCAGAGGCAUCAUGUCGCUGAAGUUGAACAGGAACAACUGCAAUUCUGGAGCACGACCCUCGCGAACACUGUGCCCGCUCGGUUCCCUACUUGGACAAGCGGCGGUACGGAGAAGAAAUCAGUCAGCCGCAAGGAAGAAUUCCUGUUGGAUCCCGCAGCAGUGGACGAGUUCCUCAAACUGUGUAAACUUCAAGGCGCAACGCCGUUUGUCGGAUGGCUUUCUCUCCUUCAAGUUCUUGUGUUCCGAUACACCGAAUCGGCGGAUUUCGCCAUUCUAACCCCGCUCACGAAUCGCAGCACGGCGUCAGCUUACACAGACACUCUGGGCUGCUUCUUGAACACCGCUGCGAUCUGCGCUAGGAUGGAUGCGAAUCAAGCGUUCACCGACUACUUGCAGCGGAACGCCCGUGUGGUGAUGGAACAGAUGGCUCAAACUGAUGUGCCCUUUGAGCGCAUUGUGAACAGCAUCGCCGGAAAAGAAGCUCGUCAACUGUUGUCGGCGUUCCCGGUGAUGUUCUCCCAUGUGACUAAUGACAAAUACAUCGCCGAUGGUAGCGACAUUUUCGCCGGCGCGGAAGAUAUCAGCAUCGGUACCCAAGAAAGCGGGCACUAUGAUGUAACCGUUUACCUCGUGGAAUCGCGGGUCGAGAACGAAGUCAAGAUCUCGAUUUCCUACAACACUGAGCUUUACGAUUCUCCCUACAUCAAUGCCUUGUUCGGUCACUUCAAUGAACUCCUACGGUCCGUUGCCAGUUUGCCGUCCACCUCGGUUGGAUAUCUGCGCAUGGUGAACAACGAGGAGGAGUUGGUUUUGCUCAGCUCAGAGAACAUCGAAAGCUCAUGGAACAGAUUAGAAACACUGCACACUCUAUUUGAGAAGCAGUACUUUCAAAGUCCUGGCUCGAUCGCGCUGGAACAUUUGGAUGGAAGCACUUUGACUUAUGCCGAGCUGAAUGCAAAGGCCAAUCAAGUUGCGCACUUCUUGCGAUCCGAAGGAUUACCUUUGGAAACCGCAGUUGUUCUCUGCUUGGAUAAAUGCUUCGAUGCGGUUUGGUGGAUGCUCGGGGCUUCAAAAGCUGGAUGCUGCUGGGCUCCGGUUGACCCAGCCGGUGGGACUACCAGGAAUGACACGAUCGUUCGCGCUGCCAAGGCCCCCUUCGUCGUGACGACUCGAAAAUACUCUGCUGCUUUCCGUAGUGCUGGACAUCGCGUCAUCGAACUCGAUGCUCUCGACCCUACCUCGACUAUGUCCACCGCCCCGCUUAAAGGUCAGCAAAUCAGAUCCGACAUCCUGAGCCAUAUUUUGUUCACGAGUGGAUCAACUGGCACUCCGAAGGGUGUUAUGAUUGAGCAAGAGAAUGCGUGGAAAUACGCUGAAGUGAUGUCGAGGGAAUUUCAACACAGCCGAUCUACUCGCAUGCUCAACUUCUCAAGCUACACUUUCGACGUGUCGGUCAUUGACAUUUUCUCCACACUCAACCGAGGUGGAACCGUCUGUAUCGCACCCGUCGAGGAAAUGCACAGGGAUCUGGCUUCGGUGAUCCGCAAACUUUCGGUGAACGCCCUCGCACUCACUCCUACGGUCUUAUCCUUGCUCACCCCGGAGGAAGUUCCUUCAGUCACGCGAAUUUGUUCGACUGGUGAACCCAUCACGCAAAGUGUCAUCGACACAUGGUUCUCCAACACGGAAUUGCUCAUCAAUGCCUAUGGUCCCACGGAGACUGCUGUUACAACCGUAGAUCGGACCGGCCCAUCCACCAGCCCAACCGUCAUUGGAAGAGCGGUGGGCUCGUGCAUCUGCGUUGUCGUGGACGAGCGCAUGAAUGUCGUGCCCAUCGGUAUCAAAGGUCAACUAGCUGUCGCUGGAGGUCAUGUCGCCAGGGGAUACCUUAACAGAGAGGAUCUCACAAAGGAAAAAUUUAUCGACGGUCCGGCUCCCUUGAACCAGCGUCUGUACCUCACUGGUGACCUAGUGCGCAAGCUUCCCGACGGGCGCUUUGAGUGCUUUGGGCGAUUGGACAACCAAAUAAAGUUGAACGGUCGCCGCAUGGAGCUCGGUGAAAUCGAGCAUGUGCUUGCAAAGGCAUCAAACGAGACUCGAAACGCAUGUGUUCUACUACACAGCACUCAUAAGCCAAGUUUGAUCGGCUAUGUCACAUUCCACGACGUCACAGGGUCUGUUGGACCCAUCACGGAUGGAUCCAAGGACCAGCAGCUGGCAUCGAUCCACGCCUACGUGAAGAAGAACUUGCCGACGUACAUGGUUCCUCGGAAGCUGAUUGCCAUGAAGGACUUCCCAUUGAGCUUAUCUGGAAAGAUCGACCGCAAAAGAGUUCUUGCGAUGAACCUUCCUCAAACAGGCACCCCGCAAUCGACAAAAGCUGACGCCAAUACCAAUGGCAUAAAUCUGAGUCAAUGGAUAAGGCAAACUCUAUGCCAGAUCCUGAACCUUGAAGACAUCCGUAUGUCAGACGACUUGGCCCGUCUUGGCUUCGAUUCUUAUGGAAUGAUGCGCCUCGUGCUCGGUGCGCGCAAAAUACAUGGACUCGACACCACCGUCAAGCAUCUGCAGUCUUGUCGCACGGUGCAGUCUCUCUGCGAUAUGUUGCUCACCGAGCAAAUGGGUGCAGUCGUCGCUCGAAAGGAAGAGAAGCGCGACCUUGGAUCUGAAGUUGCCAAUUUGAUUUCAGAGCUUCUGAAGGCCGACGAUAUCUCUGCAGAUGAUGAUUUGACAGCCCACGGAUUGGAAUCGUAUGCAGUUAUGCGGCUUAUUCACAGAAUCAGAAAGACUUUCCAGGUCGAUCUGAUGGGCACAGAGAUCACAGAGAAUCCUUCUGUCCGGUCCCUGACGGCGCUCAUCGACCAAAAGCUACGCCAGGAUCAGCGGCAGCCUGUCGCGGAACAGCACCCCUCCUCGGUCAUCGCACUAACGGAAACACAACGCCAUCUUGAGAGGGAGGUGUUCAAGAUUCUCACGGAGCUGCUCAAAACGGACGACAUUGAUCCCCAAGACGAUUUGUCGUCACAUGGACUCGAAUCAUACGCGGUCAUGCGGCUCAUCGUGAGGGUCCGAAAGGCCUUCGCUAUUGAGUUGGUGGUCGCCGACAUCUCCGAGAAGACGUCAAUCAAAUCUCUUACUGCCAUGAUCAAGCAAAGAAUGUUACACGGCGGAUCUGAGUGUCAGCCUGAUUUUGGUAGCGUUGCUCCCUACGAUGCAAGGACAAAACCGCCGGUUCCGAAAGGAGAAUUCACAAUCGUGGCGGGAGCUGAGUAUCCGGCCUCGUACACACAAGAGCGCAUGUGGGCCGGUCAAGUUGCUCACGGCGACAACGCUUAUCAUUUGGACAAUCUCUGGGUAACAGAUGCACAUUUGAACUGUGAAUACUUGCUGCAAGCCAUGGAAAUCGCAUGCAAUCGCCACAGCAUUAUGCGGACCACAUAUCGACUGAAUGCCAGUUACACGGAGCUAGUUCAGUUUGUGCGGGACGACUUGGCUUACGACUUUGAGAUCAUCGACUUGUCGAAGAGCUCUGAUGCGGUGUCGAAAAUAAAGACAUAUUGCUAUCAAAACAAUAUGGUCAUCUACGACUUGGCUGAAGAGCUCCCUAUCAGGUUCCGCGUAUUCCGACUAGCAAACGGCACUGGACUCUACCUCAAUUGCCAUCACAUCGCUGUUGAUGAAUGGGGACUCAAUCUGUUCCUCGACGAGGUUACCAAAGUUUACGAGGGUCUGGUCGCCGGAAAAUCUCUAACGCUGGAGCCGGCACCGCAAUUUAUCUCAAUCAUGGAAAAACAAAGGGAACGACUCGAAGCCAACUCUCGCCAGCUUUGGACCAGUCAAUCAACUUUCUGGGAAACGUACUUGAAAAACUUCUCUGCCGUGCCGCUUCAUGAUACCCUUGCCGUUACCAGCGGUACCAGAGGAAUCGCUGUCUGGACAAAGCCAAUCACCUUAAAACAAUCGACGGUGAAAAGCUUCCUGAAGAUGUGUGCGAAGGCGUCGGCAUCCCCUUUCGCAGCGUACUUGACACUUUUCGAGUCCCUCAUUGCCAGACGUACUGGAUGGAAUGACUUCGGUAUCGUUACACCUGUCAGCCUGCGAAACGCCAUACCCGAUGGCUUCAGUGCAGUCGGCUGUUUCAUCAACACCGUCAUGCUCCGUGCACAGCUCCACGCGACGAACGCCUUCAUGGACAAUCUGCGUACCACAAAGGCCAACGUCACUGGGGUUUUGCGUAACAUUGACGUUCCGUUUGAGACCGUCAUGACCGCCAACGGCAUCACAACGUCCGACUUGCAGCUCAUGUUCGACUACAACACUACGACCGGGCUCGAGGCUACGGACAAUCUCUUCUCGUGCAAAAAUUCAGUGGAGUACGAGGUUCCGUCAACUGCUCACUUUCCUUUCACCCUGAACGUCGAUGCCCGCGGUGGUACAUCAGGGGCCACUUUUGUUUCCAUACAAUAUGACUCUCAAUUGUUUGAAUCCAAGUUCGUGGAAGAGUUUUUGCAAGAAUUCGCCAUGUUGCUUCAAGCUGUGACCGAUUCUCCGGAUCAACUAGUCACAACACUCGAAUACCGCAAGGACGACCAGAUGAUUGUUCGAGGCCCCGCGGCACCUGUGCCCUUCGACUGCAUCCAUCAGGGAUUUGAACAAAGUGCCACUACUCAUCCCGACAACAUCGCCAUCGAGUUUGGGCAACGUCGGAUCACCUACCGGGACCUUGACAUGCAAGCCACGGCGGUUGCUCGACAUCUCCGUGCCCACGGUGUACAAAAUGGCGUAUAUGUCGCCAUAGUUGUGAACAGAUCCAUCGAGAUGGGUAUCGCCCUUCUAGCUACUCUGAAGGCCGGCGGUAUUUGCACACCUGUCAGCGCCGAGUAUCCCAAGGAUCGCAUUAAGUACAUCUUGGAAACUACAUCUCCCAAAGUCACUUUGACUACGGCUGGGGCCAUCGACGCUCUCCCACCCCUCCAGGAGUCCAUCUGCUGCCUGUUGGUCGAAGACUUACUUCUCAAGCAUCCAGGCAACAUGGAAUUGGUUGAUACGAGCACAGGAAAGACCACCGCUUAUUGCAUUUUUACGUACGUGGCUUGAAUCAGAGAGAAUGUCGAGGGCAUACGAGACUGAUUGCUCUUCCAUACUUAGGUCGGGCACAACGGGAACUCCAAAAGGAGCGAUGGUGAUGCAUCGAGGCGUUGUCAACAAUAUCUUGCAACAU